GAGAAAUCUCAGGAUUGCAUGUAUCUCCAGUACUGUAAAGUGUGUCAGUCUUAUAAGGCACCACGUUCACACCACUGCCGAAAGUGUAACAGAUGUGUCAUGAAGAUGGAUCAUCAUUGCCCUUGGAUCAACAACUGUUGUGGAUACCAGAAUCACGCGUCUUUCACUCUGUUUCUCCUCUUAGCUCCACUGGGAUGCAUUCACGCUUCUUUCAUAUUUGUUAUGACUAUGUACACUCAGCUUUACAACAGAAUAUCUUUUGGGUGGAGUUCUGUAAAGAUUGACAUGAGUGCAGCCAAGAGAGACCCUCGACCCAUUAUUCCCUUUGGACUGUCUGCAUUUGCUGCAUCUUUGUUUGCCUUAGGACUGGCAUUAGGAACAACUAUUGCCGUUGGUAUGCUGUUUAUUAUCCAGAUGAAAGUCAUUUUGACAAAUAAAACUUCAAUCGAGUCAUGGAUUGAAGAAAAGGCCAAAGACAGAAUCCAGUACUACCAAACGGGUGAGACCUUUAUUUUUCCCUAUGACAUGGGAAGUAAAUGGAAGAACUUCAAGCAAGUGUUUACAUGGUCUGGGAUUCCAGAGGGAGAUGGCCUGGAUUGGCCAGUAAGAGAUGGCUGUCAUCAAUACAGUUUGACGAUAGAGCAACUGAAACAGAAAGCAGACAAGCGAGUAAGAAGUGUGCGGUAUCGAGCAGUAGAAGAUUACAGUGGUGUCUGCUGCCCUGUGACUAAAGGUGUUAAAACAUUCUUCACAACACCGUGCACUGAAGAACCUAGAAUUCCACUGAGUAAAGGGGAUCUGAUUUUAGCCACAAGAGGCUUAAAACACUGGAUGUAUGGUGAGAAGAUUCUCGACUCAGCUGCUGAUGGUGGAAUAAGAGAACGAGGCUGGUUCCCUAGGAAAUGUGUGGAAAAAUGCCAAUAUGACUCUGAAACGGAUCAACCAGUGGAUGGAGAGAAGAAAAAGAGAUAGCCUUCUGAUUUUUUUUAAAUAAGAAAUGGAAUUUUUACUUCAGACCACAAUCCUUUACUU